AUGUCAGCCUCAACAAGACCGCACGGCGCUCGCAGCUGUGACCGAUGCUUCAGCUUGGUCUCAACCCAACAUCUAACUCCCGCAGUCGCUAGUACCCUGCUAGAGCACAUGGCCUCUCUCACUCAUGGUCACGGCUUCUACGCCGCCCUGCUGUCCAUACCCUCACUCACAGGACCCUUUCGUGACUCCAGAACUCUGGCGAGCCCUGAGACCGCACUUACUCCCACCUUGGUCUGCGGCCUCCUGGCGGUAGCGCUGGAUCUGUUUCAGCAAAGUCACCUCGUAGUCGACCACCAAUCAGCCAAGCUAAAUGGUGAAUCGCUCCGGGCGAGCUCGUUGGCGCAGAUUCCCCACAUCUUGUCACGGUACGAAGCCUCUGCCUCUGACGCCCUGUCGUUACUCUUUCUCAGUUAUACAUGGUGCUUCACACGCGAGCACAUGGAUGUGUCGGUGAGAUGGGCCACUCUUGCGCGAGUCAUCAUCACCGAUGCCAUCAAAGCCCCGAAAUCUCGCCCUCCGGCUCUUCGAGACUUAGAACAACGGCAAGUCAUCUCUAAAGAAUUUUCUAACGAUUUCUAUCGCGUCCGUAGUGUUCUUGGUUUGCUUCAUUAUGGCCACGUCGUUUCAAUCUCACAGAAAGGAUUUCCCGGGUGCCCGGUCGCUCUGUCGGGUUCGUUACAGGGAAGCGAGCCAGGUUCUGCUCUUACCGGCUCGCGAGGAGGAUCCUACUUUGAACUCUUCACUCCACUAAUCAGGAUUACGACUCUUAUCCUCCAGGAGCCUCAUCCUGGAAGUCGAGCUUGGAGAACUGCGUAUGACAGUCUUGAGGAGUUUUACAUCCUCUUUCCUACCAAUCUACUCAUGCUAGAUAAUGUCGAGUUUCUAUAUCAGGCGGAAUCAAUGAUAUGGAUGCACGGAUUACUCAUGAUUCUUUAUGUAGGCAGAGACCUGUCCACUAUCAUGUUGAGACCCAACGUGCUCAACGAUGAGACACUGAGACACGUUCUGGGUCACUCGUUGCUUCUAGGAGAGAUUCUCGCUACAGUAGAGAGGCUUGGAGGCGGCUUCGAGUUUCUCUCACCUGCGCUCGUCUUCUUCCUGCUCAUCUCGUGUGCAGUUCAUAUUGCCACUCUUGGGAGAUACUUGCCCGAUCCGACGGAUGCAGUAGGAAUGACAAAUGCAGGGCCCGACGUGCAUUGGGCCUCAGAACCGCCCAUCCCGGAAAAGCUCGUCGAAUCGAGCUGGGCGCAUCUUCAAAUCCUCUCGGCAAUCCGGACGCAGUGUGAUAGGUAUGACUCGCCACUAAUUCUGGAUAUGCAGAGGCUGCUUGAAUCCUGUUACAAGCACCUUGUGCUUGGAGAUGCGAAAACUGAAGCUAUACCGGCCACGACACUCAUGCUUUACCGAUGGAGUGGAAGUGGAACAGGAAUCAUUCCAUUGGAGUCUUGGACAGCGUUUGCCGAAUGGACGUUCCCAUUGCCGCCAGGGGCGGAUAUCCUUGAGUGCCUGGCCAGUCAUAGUGAAAACUCAAGGGCCAUUAUAGAUGAGUGGGAUGAAGAAGGCUAUGGGUGA